AUGUCGAUAUUCGAGAACAGUGCAACUUUGAAGGACAAAGUCGACGAUACACAUCCAUUGAAAUGCACGAUUCUCAAUUCACGGAACACCAGUGGAUAUACGGAAUACGUCAUAGAAGUAACGCGUACGGGUGGUCAGAAUUACACUUGGAAAAUAUUUAAGCGGUACAGUGAUUUUGUUAAACUUCAAAAUAUGUUAUACAAGAUGUCAUCAAAAAUCAGUUUGGAUUUACCACCGAAAAAAUACAUUGGUAAUAUGGAUCGAAAAUUGGUGAUGCAACGACAGAAUGCUUUACAAAGCUCUUUAAACACAAUGGUUGAAAAUUUAAUGUUAGCAAAUUCCUUACUAAUCAGAAGCUUUUUGGAUCCUGAAUCAUAUAGUGAAUAUUGUAAAGAAUCUUUAUUCCAAAAAGUUGGGAUGGUACUAAGAGGUAAUCGAGAAUUUGAAUUGUCUAAAGAACUACCUAAUAUAGGAUGGCGUUUAAAAAGGAAAUCAUUUUUAUCUAAAUGGAAAAAAGAUCCAAAACAAGAACUUUUAUUAUCAUGGACUGAAUGUGGUCCUGACCUUUCACUUAAACAGCUGGAUUUAGUUACAGUAUUAAAAUCUAUCUCUAGCAUAAUACAUCCACUUGUAGACAUUCCUGUGAUACUGCCAAGUCCUGAAGGAUAUACAUUAUCAGUUCAUAAUAUACAAGUUGGCAGUUUGAGAGAUCUGCUCUAUCAAACAACGCCUUUACAACCUUUCUUAAAAAAAUAUUGGGAUACUUCUUCACAUGUUUAUUUACCAGACCAAACUAUGGUAUCCUAUAUUAAACAGAUCUUAUAUGGACUGAAAUUUUUACACGAUAAUCAUAUCCCUUAUGGUCACUUGCAUUCUGGAAAUGUUUUAGUCUGUGAUAUUGAAAAUAUUAAACUAACUGGCAUUGAAAAUAGUUCUUUAGGAUUACCUUCAUAUUAUCGUUCAUAUUUAGUACAACUUGGAAAAAAACGUAUACAAAGUUUAAAUGAUGUCGAUAUAUAUGGAUUUGGACAUAUAUUAUAUGAGUUUACGGAGAAUGAGCCUUUAACAAGGCCUUUUUGUGAACAUUUUUCACAAAAAACUUCAUUAAAUUUGACAAAACAAAUGAAAACUAUACUUGCACCUCCUUCAUCAAAGUUACUUAUGCCAAGUGUGAACUCAAUAAUAACAAAUUUAAAACAUGCACGAAUGAUUGAAGAACAAAAAGAUCCAUCGUUUUUCCAAUGUAAAAUACCAGCUUUAGUAAAAGAACAUUAUAUAAUAAUUGCAGAAAAAUGCAUGUCUAGAAUUUUUGAAGACCAAAAAAAAAUUGCAUUAGAAAAACGUCAUAAAAAGAUUUAUAAAAUUAUCCAUGACCCAGAAAAAUGUACUGAAGCAACACAAUCAAAACAUUUUGAUUUUCAUUCAAUCAAAAACCGUAGUUCAAUUGAUAUCAACAAUCGAUCACAUAGCUCUAGUAGUAACAGUACAUUAACCUCUACAGGAUCUGAUAUUAUUGCUGUUAAUUCAUCAUCUCUAGCAUCCAACCCUCCUCCACCACCACCUCCGCCACCACCACCUUUGUCAACAACAACAACUAUCCCCAUUAUUUCAUCACAAUCAAAUAAUCAGAGAAUGGCUUUAUUAUCUUCUAUUAAUUUGUUUGAUACUAAUAAAUUAAAGAAAAUUGUCAAAUGA